AUGUGGUUUUGGGGGGGAACUUCGAGCAACUCACCGCAGAAAGAUGUGACUGACAUCUCUCCUCAGGAGUUUUACUCCGGCGACCACCUUCUGAGGUUGUUGGAUUCCCUGCCGCCGUAUGACGCUGUCGACGAGAGGAACCGGGACUUUACGAUUGAAACGCUGCGCCAAGUUGCUGAGGUGCUUGUCUGGGGAGAAAACAACAAUCGAGGAUACUUCGACAUUUUUUGCGAGCAAAAUGUCCUGUCAUACUUUGUGCAACUGGCUGAGCAGCCGACCAUCCCCAAUGCAGUCAAAGUGCAACUUCUUCAGACGCUGAGCAUCAUAGUGCAGAGCAUUAACAAAGAAACGGCGGUUUAUUACAUGUUCAGCAACAACUACAUAAAUUCAUUGUUGAGCACGAAGUUUGACUUUGACGAUGAAGAGGUUGCGAGCUGGUAUGUGUCCUUCAUCAAGAGCUUGUCGCUGCUAGUCAAUCCGGACACAAUAAAGCUCUUCUUGAACGAUCGAGCGAAGCACUUCCCAAUAUACAGCGAAUCCGUUAAGUUCUUCAGAGCCAAGGAUUCGAUGGUCCGUACGCACACGCGGAACGUGACUCUCAGCAUAUUCAGAGUCCAGGACCUCUCUCUACGGGCUUUUCUCAUAGAGCGGCCUAUUUUCUUUUCACACGUUGCGUGCUAUCUCCGGGAGCUAUUGGACGGCCAACUUUUACGCUUGACAGCUAACCGUGGUGCCUCACCAAUCUGUGGCGUUCAGGAUGGAGUGCUAGAAAUAGAAGAGAUGCUUUUCUACAUUCAAGAUAUUUUCAGUCUGGGCGUUGAGGAGUUCUCAGAGCUCCUUGCAGCGCGUCUUCUGGUGCACUGCUACUUGCCCCUUAUAGGCAUGCUUGCACUUCGGGUUGAGAGCAAGAGGGGGCGGGACCAUUCGGACUCGGUGAAGACGGUGGCGAGCGCGCAUGACAGUCCAGAUGGUUGCCUCCAGUUACCUGGCAGCGGAGACGAGCACUGCCGCAUGGGCUCUCCAAAAAAAAUUGGUGAGCGUGAAGGCAUCCUCCAAGUGGAAAAGCGUCUUGAACAGGGUUGGAUGUGGGGAUGGAGCACACCCGAGGAUCUUCAUAACCCAAAGAGCGGUAGUGGGACGGUGGACGAAGUAGGAUAUACUGACGAAGGCGCAAAUAGUUUGCCUAGUGAAACGGUCGACCUCAGCAGAUCAUGGCGGGCUAGAGCAGCAGAAGCAGUGUCGAGGAGGCUUGGCGAAGGACCACGGGAGAAAGUAGCGGGCAACGCAUGUAUGGUGCGAGACGAAAGCAACGUUUCUGGUCCUUGUCGAGCUAACAAUUUGCAAGACGCCCAGCUACAAAACCAAUGGAAAAGCUCCACCAGCUCUGACGGGGCGCUGCGGCUUGUAUUGUUUUUUCUGAUUCAGACAUUUAAUUGCAUUCAGAGUGAAAAGUUGCUUCAACCUCUCGUAGCUGCAUUGCUGCUGCAGCGAGUACCCAAGCCGCUCUACGACUUGAUAGUUGCCAAAGCACCAGCCACGCCACAGGCCUACAGAAAUUUGCGGAAUCCGACCGAAUGCGCAGGGAAUAUAGACAUGUUCCUCCCGAUUAAUGAGCUAUCCAGCAGUGACGAGGCCGUCGAUGUAACUAGUGAGGGCGGUGACGCGAGGAAAAAGAGCAGUCAGGCUAUUGAAGGAACCGGCGAGGAACUUUUUCCACCUGCAGGUGAUCAGAUGAAGGCGCAUUCAGUCCUGUCUUUCGAAGAUCGCAUCCGUAUGCUGACGACGUCUGUGGAUGCUCUCCAUAGACUGGGCUGUUCUGACGAGGUAGAUUGCAUGGAAGGAUUUCACUCUUGGGGAGAAGCCUGUCAGCCGAGAGAUUCGUCCUCUCCUGUUGGCACCAUACUGGGUGGAGCGUCAAUCAGGGGGCAGACGGAGGGGAAUCACAUCAAGUGGUGUCAUAAUCCUGUCCAACAGUAUCUCUUGACGCUGCUGGAUGGUUGCGAGCUCGCGAAGCGGCAGUGUGACGUUUGCUUCCUGAUGCUGGCUAUUCUACUGCAGUCCAUAUUUCGCCAUCCUUCCACCACAACAGUGCGUCUAGUCUGCCCUUUAUCACUGUACCAUGCCGGAGUCGAGCGCAGAGCACAGUAUCAGCACCGGUAG